AUGACAAGUAAAUCAACUAAACAACCACCACCAUCUACUUUUACUGCAACAGAGGUCGAAGUCAAACCAACAUUCGAGUCAAUGGGUUUGGGUGAAGAGUUAUUAAGAGGUAUAUAUAAUUAUGGUUUUGAAAAACCAUCAGCAAUUCAACAGAGAGCGAUUGUACCAAUUAUUAAAGGAAGAGAUACAAUUGCACAAGCACAAUCAGGUACAGGUAAAACAGCAACAUUUUCAAUUGGUGCAUUACAAUGUAUUGAUGUUAAUGUACGUUCACCACAAGCAUUAAUUUUAUCACCAACUAGAGAGUUGGCUCAACAAAUUCAAAAAGUAGCAUUAGCAUUAUCAGAGUAUAUGAACGUUCAAGUACAUGCAUGUGUUGGUGGUAAAAAUAUGAGCGACGAUAUAAAGAAAUUAGAAACAGGUGUACAUAUUGUAUCAGGUACUCCAGGUCGUGUUUUGGAUAUGAUUACCCGUAAAUCACUCUCUACACGUCAUAUUAAAAUGAUGAUUUUGGAUGAAGCCGAUGAAAUGUUAUCUUUAGGUUUCCAACAACAAAUUAACGAUGUAUAUAGAUAUCUUCCAGAAGCAACUCAAAUUGUUUUGGUUUCAGCUACUCUCACUCAAGAUGUUGUUACUAUGACCGAAAAAUUCAUGUCAAAACCAGUUCGUAUUCUUUUAAAGCGUGAUGAACUUACUUUAGAUGGUAUUAAGCAAUUUUUUGUCUCUGUAGAAAAAGAAGAAUGGAAAUUUGGUACACUUUGCGAUAUUUAUGAUAGUUUAACAAUUACUCAAGCUGUAAUUUUUUGUAACACUAAAAAGAAGGUAGAUCAAUUAACAGAAAAAAUGAGAGAGGCAAAUUUCACAGUUGCCUCAAUGCAUGGUGAUAUGGUUCAAAAAGAAAGAGAAGAAAUUAUUAAAUCAUUUAGAUCUGGUGAAAACCGUGUUUUAAUUACUACAGAUAUUUUAGCUCGUGGUAUCGAUGUUCAACAAGUUUCAUUAGUUAUAAAUUAUGAUUUACCAAUUGAUCGUGAAAAUUAUCUUCAUCGUAUUGGUAGAUCAGGUAGAUUUGGUCGUAAAGGUGUUGCUAUUAAUUUUGUUAAAAAUUCAGAUAUUAGAAUUCUUAGAGAUAUUGAACAAUUUUAUUCCACUCAAAUUGAUGAAAUGCCAAUGAAUUUUGCAGAUGCAAUCAAUUAA